GUCUAGUCUUCUUGCCAUAACUCAUAACAAGCAAGGAGAGGGACAACUCUUUGGUCGUUUCUUCUUCCGAUUUCCUGAUCCCCAACUUCUUCAUCAAUUAACCUUUCUCAAUAUAUUUCUUCCGUUUGGUAAUUAACUGGGCUAAUCAAUUGAAGGAAGUAAGAGGAAAGAGCAUACACUUGAUUACUAUAUACAUAUAUAUAAUGGAAGAAGGGUUGAAAGAUCAACAUGUUCAACAACAUCAACUACCUCCUGGUUUUAGAUUCCAUCCCACAGAUGAAGAACUGAUCGCCUAUUAUCUCACAAGCAAGACCACCGAUGCCGAUUUCGAUGCUAGAGCCAUUGCAGAAGUCGAUCUCAACAAAUGCGAGCCAUGGGAUCUCCCAGAGAAAGCAAAGAUGGGAGAAAAAGAAUGGUACUUCUACAGCUUGCGGGAUAGAAAAUACCCUACCGGCCUUCGAACUAACAGGGCUACGAAUGCCGGCUACUGGAAGACAACUGGGAAAGACAAGGAGAUCUUUAGCACUACCGGUAGUUCGACGGUCCUAGAAAUGAUAGGGAUGAAGAAGACAUUGGUCUUCUACAAAGGGAGAGCUCCGAGAGGCGAGAAGACUAAUUGGGUGAUGCACGAAUAUCGCAUCCAUUCUAAAUCCCCUUUAAAAGUCAGUAAGAACGAAUGGGUUGUUUGUCGCAUAUUCGCAAAGAGUGCAUCCACAACGGGAGGGAAAAAGUUGCAAUCCACAUCCAACCACCACCGCCCCAACCCCUACUACAUGCCUCCGCCUCCGUUACUUCCUUCCGUGAUGGUGCAAAACGAGUACCCUGUACAUCCCUUUGCCUUGCAACGUGGUUUCAGCCAUCGCCUCCCCGAGGCCGAGCUCACCGAGCUCUCGAGGUUCUCCAAGGCCACCAAUCACGGCGGCCCCGGCGGGUUACUGAUGAACAUGCCGAUGAUCCAACCGUCACAAGGUAAUUGCUUCCCUGGAGGUGGUUUCGCAGCUGCUACUCUCGCGAGCCUCAACUUAAACCUAGGGGGAGCAGCACCACCACCUCAGAUGUUGCCUCACCUGUUGUCGUCUCCUGCCGUCGCGACCAAUAGUAGUGGGCUUAUGGGGGCGAUGGAUGGAGGGUUUCAAAACAAUGUGGAGUCAGGUUGUUUGGAACUUGAGGGAUUCUGGCCCUCUAAUUACUGAAACAUGCAUGAGCUAUCUAGGUUAAGAGAUGUUGUAAAAAUGAUUAUAAUAAUAAUAUAAUAAUGAUCUACGCAAUUAA